CACAAUCGAUAACUCCUUUGUUUAUGCCAGGGCGCAAAUUUGUAAAUUUAACCUAAUGGGCUCACAUCAACUCCACUUUGCCGUUUUUGGCUCCUGCGGCUUUGAAGCCGAUACGCUGGUGGAGAUCUCCGGCCCAGGGAACAGUGGCAAAAGCCUGGUGCUCCAACAGUUGGUGGCCCACUGCCUGGUGCCCUACAAAUUCGGUGGUCGCCAGUGGAGCGUCCUGCUGAUCAAUCUGAGUCACAAGAUCAACCGUGAAUCUCUGGCCAAGAGCAUUAGGAUGGAGCUGAAGGCGUACUCUGUCGGCGAAGUGAUUGCUGCGAAAUGCCCCACGGAGGAGCAGCUGGCCGAGAUUGCGGGCGAGUGCAUGAGUCGCGUGCGAUUCCUCAACUGUUUUGCAAACGAUGAUGUUUCCACGUCGCUAAUCGACGCCCGCUACGCGAUCAUCAAUGAUCCUGGCAUACAAUUGGUUGCCAUGGACACACUCAGCGAAUUCUACUGGCUAGAUGAGCCUAAGAUUGCCAAGAGAAUGUCCAUGUAUCGCCACUAUCGAUUGCUCCAGGCGCGCCUGGAGAAGCUCUGCAAGGAUGCCAUCGUCUGCGGCAUGUACACGGUGGAGUCUGCCUUUCUGGAGAAUCGUUUUGGCGAAAACUUGCCCGAGGCUGGCAUAAAGUACCAUGUCAGGAUGCAGAAGAUUCAAAACCAGAUCCUCUUGAAUGGACUGCCGCUGUCGUUUAGCAAUGGAAUUCAUUUGGAUACAAAUACUAGCAAGGAAAUUACUGAGGCAUUGCUGACUCAGCCCAGUUAACAUAGUUAAAUUAUUAUUAUUAAUCUUAGGACAAAAUGAUGCUAGGAACUGAAAGAAGUAAACGAUUGUAUAUAGAGUAUAUAGAGUUGAUUAAAUUGUAUAUAGAGUUGAUAGGUUAAGAAAAUUGUAUAUAGUUUAACAAUUUAACUUUAAUAAUAUCUUCCUUUUAGGGAUUAGAAAUUAUAUUUGUUAUUACUCCUUUAUUAGACAAUUUCAAGGCCUAUGAGUGAGAAAGUAAUCUGUGCAACUAAUUAAGUUAAAAAAAAGGUAUAACUUCUACAUUAUCUAGAUAGUUACGAACUCAAAUAUACUUUAAUUUCCGUG